AUGAGAUCGCUUCAAUGUCAAUCCGCCUAUGACUGCCUAUCAACGGCGCGACAUUGGAGGCCGGCUAUUAUCCCUUUCUUGCCUUAUCAUCGCCAGAAGAGCCCAAAUGCCCCGAACCUAAGCAAGAAGGCUCCAUAUUCCACGGGAUUCUCAAGAGACUUGCAAUAUCCAUCACCUCCAUAUUUCAAAUCCUUACGCCAACCUAAAUAUACCUUCCAGGGCUUGCCAGGUCAAACAAAUUACAGCACCGCUGCUACCAAGGAGCCUACUAUCCACCACAUAUUCGAAACUGUGACAGGGACUUGGCAAUACAUAAUCUCAGAUCCAUUAACGAGAUCUGCAGCUAUUGUUGACCCUGUUUUGGACUACAACCCCGUCAAUCAGGCCAUCACUACAGACUCCGCCGAUGCCUUACUCUCUUUAGUCCAAGAAAAAGGCUACCGAGUAGAAAUUAUCCUAGAAACCCACGCACAUGCGGAUCACUUGACUGCCGCAUCAUAUCUGCAAAAACAACUCUUCCAGACACAGGGGUUCAAGCCGCCCAUUGGUAUUGGCAAACGCAUUGAACAGGUACAACGGCUAUUCGGUCAACGCUAUGGAAUCCAGAGUGGCGAGUACGAGGCCGUCUUUGAUAAAUUGUUUGAAGAUGAUGAAUCCUUUCAAAUUGGCGAAUUAACUGCCAAAGCCAUCCAUCUUCCUGGCCAUACACCAGAUCAUCUGGGAUAUCAGAUCGGAGGUAUGAUAAUUCACCAUCACUCUCAUUCACAUGCAACUAACAUGGUAACCCAAGAUAAUGUAUUCUGCGGCGACUCUCUAUUUCAUGUCGAUAUCGGGACAGCACGCUGCGACUUCCCAGGCGGCGACGCCAAAGACCUCUUUCAAUCAAGUCGCAAGCUGCUAUCUCUAGACGGCCAUGUCAAGAUCUGGCCAGGCCAUGAUUACCCACCAGAGGGACGAGAUUCUCCCAUUCCGUGGAUGAGUGUAGCCGACCACAGAAAGCAAAACAAGCAUGUUGGGGAUGUCGUUUCUGAGAAGGAGUUCGUGUCAUUAAGAAGGGAACGCGACGCUAAGUUGAAUGCGCCUAGGUUACUUCAUCAGUCUUUGCAGGUGAAUAUUCGAGCAGGUCAGCUUCCUAAACCUUUGAAGUCGGGGCAUAGGAUGCUUCAUUUGCCAUUAAAGUUGGAUGGAUUGGAAUGGUAA